UUGUUCCGCCGGAAUGAUCGCUCGACCUUGUAUCGUUCGAAGAGCCAGUCUUGAGCUUGAGCUUUAUACGAAAGCUGCUGUACUACUACAUGCCUCUGACAACGGUGUUACGGUGAGAAAUGCGGGUUUGACCAUUCGAAUGCGGAGGUUUCCGAAUUCCGGGCGCCUCGUGUGUGCGCCGUACUGUGACUCAGCUUGCUGCAGCGCUGUUGAACUCAAGUUGAACUCGACUGUCACUGCUCGUGCCGUACGCUCGCUAGAAGACAACCCUCGACACAAUACUCAUUCGAAGCACUGACAACAUGUCGCUAGGAGGACUCGAUGCGGAUGUUUGCCACCACAUCCUGCGUGAGCUCUCUGAGAAAGACUUGUGGUCGAUUCUACAUACCUGCCGAUGGCUCCGAGAGGCAUGCAUGCCCCUUCUCUUCCGGACCGUCUCACACACAAUCCACGGCACUUGGGCCUUUACAAUGCACGAGAGGUUCUUGCUUACAUCGUGCAAACCUUACGUCCAAACGCUGAUCCUCCAUGACAACUGUCCGGAUCAGCGCACGGAAGAGGAGAUGGCGCGCCCUUAUAGCAGGCCGCUCUACUACACCAAGGACCGUACGGUCUGUGGCGCUUGGCCAGGUGGUCCCGUCGCGGAGCGGCUACGAGAGCUCCCUGCUCUACGAUCGCUCACGAUAUACAAGAAGGAUUGGGUCGCACACGGCCUGCCAUGGGAUACUCUACGUGCAGUCUUAUCGGUGCCGCAUCUGCGCGAGUUCAAACUGAGAGAUCUAUAUCUCUGCCCUGUCUUGCAGCCGGGAGAUGAGCUCAACUUCGAGGCGUUGGCCCCGCUCACGUCGUUCCAAUAUCGGUUACGCCGUGCAUUAGAACCGCUUGCCUCCUCCUCCUCCGAGAUGGCUGCUCUGUAUGCUGUCCUAGGCAAGCUAUGCGAGACGCUGGAGACGCUUGAUCUCGUCAGUGAGCGCGCCCCGCUAGCCGAUCUGUCUCAACUUCGUUGGCCUCGUCUGCGCAAGUUGGUCUAUUGCGGAGUACCAUGGAGUACGUUGUCCGCGCCGUGGAUCUCACUCCAUCCUGGCAUGGAUCAUCUGCGGUCGCUCUCCUUGAAACUCGACUUGACGCCAGGAGGUAUCUCCCAGAUGCUGUGGCCUGCCGACUAUGCGGGUCCAUUCCCGUGGCCGAUGCUCGAACAUCUGCUCGUGUCCUUCCCUGACCCUCGCGAUGAGGUCUACGAUCAUCUGCCGUCGUCGCUGCGCGCGUUGUCCUUGCGUUGUUAUCCACAUCUUCACGUCCAGCGACGGCCCUCUGCUUAUGGCGCCAAUCCCGCGGAUGAUUAUCCCGACCACCCUGCCCUCUCGAGUGCAGCUUCAAUUCUCUCAAUCUUGCGUCGAUGCAACAUGCUGGAUCUUGACCAUCUCGAGAUUGAAUAUCGCGCUGAUGGCGAAGAAGAUGCCCUUUUGCGACGGAUUGCGGCGAUGUUCCCGCGUCUGACGUCGCUGAAGUUCCACCGCUACCGGUCUGCACAAGAAAGACAAGGGAAGGUAGAUGUGUCUGUGGAACACAUCGCCGAGAUGCUUGCCCCUCUUAGUCACCUCUAUCGUCUGAAGAUAUAUCUGGAAUUUGCCGGGACACCAAGGCUCCAAACUAGUAUGAUGGGGCGCCAGAUGUCAGAGGUCUGGACAUAUGAUGAAGGUGCCAUCUGUGCUUUCGAGGGCACUGUACGUGCCGCCGUUGGGGUUCUGGCGCGAGUUCUCAGCUCGUCCUUACGUGAGGCUGUUAUGUACAGUGUUUCGGAGGAUGGCCCCUAUUGGCGUGUGUAUGACAUUGCGGCCGGUUGUCCUUACGAACGGCGGGACCGGUAUACUAGGUAGAGUCGGUGGCUGAUGAUGUUGAUGAUGAUGAACUCUUGAUUGUAUAGUCC